ACGUGAUACGGUCAGUGAACUCACAAGAUUCGGACAACAGAGUCAAUUUUCUCCUCUACGGCACACAGAUUAAAGCAGGGCGUUUGAUUGGGGGAGUACUAUUCGUUUUCCAUAAUUUUCCAUGGCUACUUUUUCUCCUGCUCAUGUGUCAUCGCCUUGAUAAAACAAUUUGAAAGAAAGUUGCAUUGCCUCGUUCAUUCCAGGAAAUUCUACCAUAGCCACAGUAAAAUGUGCAUCGUGCAGGUAUAGAAUCGUAGAUAGUCAUACCAUAAAUUUUAUGGCCUGAAAGUACGCUAAGAUUUCAAUUCACUGCAUUAUGUUCUAAACCAGAGCCUGGGAAAGAGUCCGAUCGGCAUGGGUGACCCUGGAUUCGUCUCAGGACUGAUAGGUGUGGGGAUAACUGUAGCUUUGAAAGAGCUCAGCGAGUGUAUCAAGCUUGCUGUUUACUGCAAGAAAGAGCUUCAAAAACUUGAGGACUAUUUGAACAAUAUUGCCCCUCUCAACACGGCCAUCCAGAGAUAUCGGACGCGUCUGAAGCUCGGCCAAAUUGUUAGCCACGACACAGAAACGCUAAGGCCUCCGGCUGUGAACGAGUGGUUGAAAAAACUCAAUUCGCUUGUUAGACAGGCCACCGAGGUUGCGGAGCAGUGUUGCAUACGAUUACCGACUUAUAAUGUGAUUUCUCGCUACCGCAUGAGCUUGAGGAUAAGGGACAUCGUUGCAGGCAUUGAAAAGCAUCUGAAGCAGGCUGCUUUGAUUGGCAUAACGACCACGCUUGCAGGCAAUGAGGAGCUCGGGCGAGGUCUACAACGUAUUGAACUAAGACUGGAUGAUCUCGGCACUGCAGCCACUUCGUCGAAUUAUCCAACAGUAACACAGAGGUUGCAGCCAGUGAACGAACCCCUUAUUGUGGGGCAAGAUGACGUAUUUUCUGAGCUACAGAAGAAGUUAACAGAUGAAGGGCAAGGGCUAACUUGCCUGGGAGUGGUCGCCAUGGGCGGAGCUGGCAAAACUCUGCUUUUGAAAACUGUGUUCAAUAGUAAAGAGGUGCAGGAUAGUUUUAAGCAGGAUCUAGUUCUAUGGCUCACGGUGUCACACAACCCUUCGCUUUCUGCUCUCGCCAGUAAUCUUGGAAGGCAAAUUGCUUUGCAAAUCAAUCAGCCGUUUGAUGAAAGAGGCGGCCAAGACGAUUAUGUGAAGCCAUGGAUCUAUGAAAAGAUGAAAAGCAGGAGGUUUUUACUGUUCCUGGACGAUGUUUGGGAAAACAGCAGGGACGGUUUGCUGGAGGCUUUGGGCGUGCCGGUUCUAACGGUCGGCAACUGCAAAAUGGUAGUGAGCGCCAGGGACAGAAAGGUUUUGGUAAAGUUAGGAGUAAAGCUUGAUGAUACAAUCACCUUGAGUGGUCUUUCCGAGGAACAAAGCUGGGAACUGUUUUCAUCUCAUGCCUUUGCAUACAACAAUAACCGGGUUCCUUCGGUGACGGUGGAAGAAACGGCAACGCGCUUUUGCGAGGAAUGUGAUGGGCUUCCGCUUGCCAUUAAAGUAAUAGCGGCCACAAUGGCAGGCGUCACAGAUCCGGUAGAAUGGGAUUUGACGCUCCAGAGGCUGCAAAAUGCAGACAAGCUUAAUCCGGAUGUGGAGAAAAAGCUUUACAACCGCUUGAGGCUCAGCUACGAUGCUCUGGCCAGGGCUAGUUACAACCAAUCGCCCAGGUUACGAUCCCUUGGAAAUUGGAAGGGCUCAAGUAAAUGUGCUCUUAGAUCGCUGUCUAAUUGAGGGCAGCGUAAUGGAUGCGGACGGGCAGGUUAUGGUCUGUUCCAUGC